ACAAUUAUUAUGGUCGAUUGCAUAGAGAUAGAAUCAAUAUAUAGAGAUAGAGAUAGGGCAUAUACAUAAGUAUAUACCGGAAGUUGGAAAGUUUAUUAGGUCUCACAAUAAGCAGCACUGGUUGUUAGAGAGAGAUAGAAAGCAAGGAAUAAAAUGGGGCGAAGGAAGCUGGAAAUGAAGCGGAUCGAGGACAAGAGCAGCAGACAAGUCACGUUCUCGAAACGGAGAUCUGGUUUGUUUAAAAAAGCACGCCAUCUUUCUCUUCUCUGCGAGGUUGACAUCGCCGUCAUCGUUUUCUCCGCCGGCGGCAAGCUUUACGAGUUCUCCGCCGGUGCUUCUUCUUCUUCUUCUAGUAACAGGGUGGAGCAUAUUAUUUCUAGAUAUCAGAAAAGCUGCAUUGAAGCGGAAGAGAGUACAAUUAAUUUAGCUGACAAAGAUUUAGAAUUCGUGUUGCCGUGUAAAAAAUUCCAAACAUGUAAAGAGCUUCUACAAACCGUGGAUAGGCUUGUUGAGGGAAAUGAUACCGAGGAGCUGUCUGUGGCCAACAUGACGCAACUAGAACUAGAACUUGAUGAUGCUCUUGUUCAAACACGAUUGAGAAAGACGCAGUUGCUGAUGGAGUACAUAUCAACCCUCCAAGAAGAGCAAAGGAAGUUGAGAGAAGGAAAGGAAGAAAUGGAGAAGCAAGUUGCAUCAGCAAAGCAGCAGCAGCAUGAGAAUGAUGGUGGUGGAGGCCCAAACGACCUUGCAACGAACCAGAUGAGUUCGCCACAACUUUUUACUACACUUCAACUUUUUGAUGGCUAGCUAAACAUAUACAGAUCGGUGGUUUCCUUCCACCCAACACAACUCUCUAUCCACAUCUUUACAGUGGGUUAACUAAAGCUUAAAACAAGCCAAUAAUCCCCCUCAAUGAAAGAAAGUCAUUGGGUUUUCAGAUCUUAAUUUGUAAUCCAUUAUCAUCUAUUUGAGCUUGUACAAACUGUGUUAUUUGAUGUACUAACUGUUGAUAUGUAAAAAAAAAAAAACUUCUAAAAAAUCAAUGAAUGUUUUUUCACAUUUCAA